AUGGAGAGCUCCUCUUUGCUCUCGGCGCUGUGGGUUCAAGCUUGUCUGUGUGUGGUGAGUCCUGACAGGCGAUCACAGGGAGAGGGCAUGCCGCUGCUGCGUUCCCUUCAUCCUGAGGCAAAGGAUCAUGGGAGGAGCAGAGGAAACACGGAAUCUGCAGCGGGGAAAGAAGUUGAUCUGCUGCAGCUUCUGGACAUGAAGUCAGCCUCUCAUUACAAUGUCUCAGCAACAGAUGAUGGGGGAGGAUGUCCAGCCUAUCAGAUUGGACAAUAUUCCACACUCGUCCUGCCAACGGCUACAGUUUUUGGACCCGUGUUUCCUGCUGCUGCUCUGUGGGACGGCCUGUGGCACAGGCUCUCCCUGGCCUUCUCUCUGUCCACACUCAGCCUGUACCUGGAGUGCAGUCGGCGGGAGAGCACCUCCUGGCGUCACGGCUUGGGACCGCGGAUCAGCACUUUGGGCCUGACGCUGCUGGGAGGAGCUCCGAGUCCUCACCACACACCGUUUACGGGAACCAUCCAGCAGAUGAUUUUUGUCGUGGGAGAUCCUGCAGCAGCCGAGCAGCACUGUCAACAAUACAACAACACAUGCUCAACACUGACCGACACACAGGAGGCUACAGCAGUAGAUGAGGUGACUUCUCAUCCUGGCAUUAGAGAAUCAUCCAGACCAGACACUUCCCCUCAGGACACAACUGUGAAGGCCGGACUCCCUGAGCUGAUAGGGAGACUGAAUCCAGAGAGCAGCACCUCCCCUCUGAAGACACACACUGCUCAGACUGGUGCAGAAACUCAGACUACAGGCUCAACCACAGGAGAAAAACCAAAGACUGUGGGUGAGGAGACGGUUCUAGGUGGAGCUAAGGAGCCGCAGACAUCACAAAUAUCAGGGACAAUGAAGGAGACACGGAGAACAGAAGGGAGUUUGACAGUCGCUUCUGUCCACACAGCUCACACUGCUCAAGUUCAUCAGCCAUCGGGUGCAGCAACAGAGGGCUUCACAAGUAAUGAUGCAUCCGUGGUGGAGCCAGUCGAGAUGUCUAUUUCAAGCCCAAACAUCCAACCUGAGAACCCCACAGCUCCAGGCGUCACUUCACCAUCCGCAGGGGGAGCGACAGAGACUGCAGAGAGAAGUUUCUCUGAUGGGCCUCAUGAGUUUGUCAUCACUCUGAUCUCAGGCUCCACCACAGAAUCAGGGUUUGAUGCUGCCAGUGUGGACGCUUCACCUGACGGAGGAACAAAGGAGGCCAAACAGGAUACUUCACCAGCAAUAAUUACACCUCCAGUUUCUGUAGUCACUCAUCCCUCCCUGGAGGUUUUAGCAGCAGCAGAAGAAAACAGAUCAGUGGAGGGAGAGCUGACACAAGACUUUGCUGCUCCUCAGAAAGUUCCAGCUCCAAAUCUGACGCUUUCAGCUCCCACACAACAAAGCACAGCAGCACUGAGUAACAUCACAACUGAGGGGGGUAACGUUUCAGCACAAACAGAAACCACAUCACCACCGCUACGACUUCCAGGUGGAGAAGAGGGGAGCGGCAGAGAUGAAGAUGAGACAGAUUCAGUGAUGGAGGAGGAGGAGGAAAGAGAAGCAGAGGUGGAAAAAGCAAAUCAUGAUAAUGACACCGGCAUCUUUGAGGAAAAUAAUCAAUCUUCACUUGAUUCGAUCUCCAUGUUCAGCGAUGAAGACUUCAUAGUCAUAUCAGAGACUGAGUCGCCACAGCAGAAUGUUAAAGCAGCCAAUCAGAAGCCUGCAUCCUCAGUCAGACAUCACGGGGCCGGACUAAAACCUGGGGUCAGAGGUCAAAGGGGACUACAGGGUCCACCUGGACUAACAGGGCCAUCAGGACCUCAAGGAGACAAAGGAUAUCAAGGUGUUAUGGGCAGGACCGGGCGGACAGGAUACAGAGGCCCCAUUGGUCCUCCAGGGAUGCCUGCCAUUGUUGUAUUCAAAACCUCUGAGGAAGGAUGGGAGGCUUUCAAGAAAAAGAAGAUCUACAAAAAGCUGGUGUUUUCCUGGCCAAAAGUUAAGGGGCCUCUGGGGCCUCCUGGACCUCCUGGAGAUGCCGGACCAAUCGUAAGUAAUCAGAUUACUUGA